AUGGGGGCAGACGGAAGUAAAACCAGGAAGAGGACCGCGGGAGGGGUGGAGGAUGAGCACAUCACUUCAGGAUGGCGAGGUCUCCUCUCCAGUGUGGGCCUGUCUAUCCCAGCAGGCCUCUGCCGCCUGGCCCCACCAGCCCUCCGUCUGGGCCAGCGCCGGAUGCUCCAGGGCAAAGCCCCUGAGGUCCCUGAGCAUGUCUUGAGGUUGGCGGGAGUGGGUCUGGGCAGGCCGAGGGGAGAAUGGAGCCUUCCAGGAUUCGUUACCAUGUUUCUGCCUGAAUUUCCCCACAGACCUGUGCCAGGACACGAACACUUUCAGGUGCUUGGUUACAUCGCUAAAGGUUCGUUUGGUCCCAUUCUAAAAGUGAGGGACAAGUCCAAACAGAAAACAUAUGCUGUAAAGGUUAUACCUAAAUCAGAGAUUUUAAGACUGGCCGUGUUGGAGCAGUCUAAAGAGGAAGUUAUAGUUCAGAGUCAGGUUCGCCACCCGUUUGUCCUCGACCUCCAGGACUGCUGGCAGACUCAGCGCCACCUUUACAUUAUGUGCGACUACUGCAGUACAGGGGACCUCUACACCUACUGGCAGAUGAUUGGUCAGUUCUCAGAGGAAACCGUGCGGAUAUUUGCAGCAGAGUUGGGAUGUGCUCUAGGGUUCUUGCAUGACUUUGGGAUCAUCCACAGAGAUGUAAAGAUGGAGAACAUCCUGCUGACAGACAAUGGCCACCUUCGCCUUGCUGACUUUGGUUUGUCCCGUCGCUUAGAAAGAGGAGGCAGAGCCUUUACAAUCUGUGGAACCAUCCAAUACAUGGCCCCAGAGGUGCUCAGCGGUGGACCAUACAACCACGCAGCCGAUUGGUGGUCACUAGGAAUUCUGAUUUUCUCAUUGGCUAUUGGGAAGUUCCCUGUGCCUCCUGAACCUGACCACUGCAGUAUGCUGAGGAAAGUCAGGAGUUUUCCUUAUGAAAUACCCCUCAGCCUCAGUUCAUCGCUCUCCAUGUUAAUAACAGAGCUUUUAUGCAAAAAUCCCCUGCGCCGCCUGAGGACCCUGGAACGUUUCAAACGUCAAACUUUCUUCUUUGGAACAUCCUUUGACUUGGACCUCCUUCAGCGUCAGCCAGUGGAGGUGAUCCUGAAGCUCAGAGAGAGACCAGACCGUGCUGCCAAAGCUCGAAGGGGCCUCACGUUGUCCCUGCAGCCUCUGAGGGGCUUCGACUUUGAUUCGCUGCUCAGCCCCGCCACCACGCCAGACACACAGCUGGAUGGGGAUUCACGCACAGCUGUGCUGCUGCCUGGCCCCUCGCUGCAGCCCCUUCAGGAAAAAACUCCACGCAGAGAAGUGUUUGUAUAACAGAGCAGAGUCUGGCAGCAAAGUGGAAAAGAAAGCCCUACAUUAUGUGUAAAGAAAAAACAACAGGCAUCUGACAGAAAAACAGAAAAUUAAAAAUUAUGUAUUUAAGCACAGAGCCAUAUUUCCCCAUAUUAACUGUGCUUUGCAAAAGUACCCCUACCCUUUGAGCUUAUUAAACAUUAUCUCACACUGGAUUCAGUUUAUGUAGUGAAAAGUGAACUUUAUAGACCAAUUUAAAGUAAAGCAGUAGCACAAAUGCACAUAGUUUAAUAUCUUUUAAAAAGAAAAGCUUUAUUAUGCAAUUGAUUUAAUUUAACCAAUUGGAGUGAAUACUCUUGUAGGUUUAAUUAAAAUGUGUUUCCCCAUAGCUGGGCUGCUAAUUUCUGUUGCAUAUUUUGCUGUAAAUCCAGCUGGGGGUAUGACACUUAACAGCUUUGCACAUUCUGACUCUGAACUAUUUGUUAAAUAGCUGAAUCAGAUUAGAUAGAGAGCAUCUGUGAGCAUCAGUUUUAAACUCUUGCCACUAAUUGUCAUUUAGAUAUAUGCAAUGACUUUAACUAGGCCUUUUUCAACAAAUAAGCAGCCUCUAAGAGGUUUUUCUCCAGUGGUGCCCUGUAAUGCUCCUCCCAACCUUCUAUCAGCUCUGACUUUCCCAUUCCUGCCAAAGAUAAUGUGUUCUACAGCAUGAUGCUGCCAACCCUUGGGUGUUCAAGGUUAGAUGCACUGUUUGUUUUCUAAAGCACAAAACAUUAAUUUAGCAUGCAUUUGAAAUCUCAUUACACCUGAUAACUUCUUUUUUUAUGGCACCGUCUACGUAGUUUUUCUCAAAAUAAAAAGUUGGCUUCUUCUGCUUCCUUUAAGAGGCCUUCCUUCUUACAAUGCUGACUUAAAGUCAGGGUUUAUGGAUCGGAGAGUGAAACCUUAACCUGAAAUAUGUUCCAGGACGAAAAUCUGAAGCCACAGAAAAGUAGCAUUUAUGCAGAGAUUAAAUGACACACCAAUUGCCCUGGAUCCAUUAAGAGAAAACUUGGUGAAAACACUGGCUUUCAUUUUUAAUUGAAAAAAGAAGCACUAUUAUGCUUCUUGACCUUGAUCCUCACAAUAUAAAGAUGUAAUGUGAGUAAUUUAGGAUUCAUGGGUACUUUUGCACAGUGCUACAAUAGUUUUUUUCUUUAUUUUUCAUGUUAACCUUUUCGCACUUAACAUGUCUUUAGUAGUAUUUGUUCAGUGGUUGUGUGCCAUCACUCCUUCAAUGAAACAUCCAGUGCUUCCUCAUAGAUCGCGAUUUUUAAACAUUUGUGGUUAUUUGUCAUGUUUCCUUUUUUUUUAAAGUGCACAAAAAAGCUAUCCAUCUGUUAUUUAGUCAUACCCUAACUUUAUGUCCAAUGCCCUGCCUGCAGAUUUUUACUGAAGUGAGAACAUCUCCAUUGUUCUCAGAGUGAAGUAAACAAAAGCCUUAGAGUGUGAAGGUCAUACUCGUUACUCUGCAUUAAUGCUCACAACCUGUGACUCAGGGGUGCAAUAGCUGGUUUUAUCAUGAUAACUUUACACAGUUAAAUGUGAAUAAACAGCUCUUUGACAUUCAUCUGUUUUAUACCUACCAAGGCUAUUUUCUACUGCAGGUUCCUCACUGACCAGAUACAUAAAUAUAUUGUGAUUUUUAAAUGUGAUGUUUACCCAGAUUGCUUCACACGCACAGUUCAGAGCUUAAUCUCUCGGUCACAAAAUUCUUAUGUACAUAUAUUUAUAUAUGCUUUAUAGAUAAUAGAUCUAUAAAUCUAUAUCUAUAUAGAUAUAGAAGCAUAUUCCUCUUUAUAAAGUUUAUAUGAACAUUUUGGAGAGUAUUUUCCUUGUGUGUCAUGAUGUCUUAUUGCAUUUGCCAUGUAGCACAA